AUCCGUGGCCUCUCAGGAUGUAUGCCAUGUUUUCAGCGAGGAUACUCCCUCCAGCCUGUGCCAGAGAGGAAGAUUCCAAACCGAUACUUAGGCCAGCCUAGCCCAGUUACCCACCCACACCUCCUCAAACCAGUGAAUGAUACCAGUAUGUCUCAGUGAGGACUUCCUUUUGCUGACUGGAAUUCCUGCUGGAAAGCCUGCUGAGACUCAGGAAAUGCAGCUCACCACUGAAACACACGAGAAAUCAGAGUUUUCAAAGCUGUAAGGGGAGGUGACACCAGGACUAUCUCAGGUGGAGUACGCACUCCGCAGACACAAACUAAUGGCUCUGGUCCACAAGGAAACACAAGAGCAGAGUGGGACUGACCACACAGUGAUUGUGCUCUCCAGCCCAACGUACUACAUGAGCAACGACAUCCCCUACGUCUUCCACCAGGACAACAAUUUCCUGUACCUGUGUGGAUUCCAAGAGCCUGAUAGCAUUCUGGUCCUUCAAAGCCUCUCUGGAAAGCAGUUACCAUCUCACAAGGCCAUGCUUUUUGUGCCUCGGCGAGACCCCAGUCGAGAGCUGUGGGACGGCCCUCGGUCUGGCACAGAUGGAGCAGUAGCUCUCACUGGAGUUGAUGAAGCCUACACUCUGGAAGAAUUUAAGCGCCUCAUUCCAAAACUGAAAGCUGAGACGAGCAUGGUUUGGUAUGACUGGAUGAAGCCUUCUCACGCACAGCUUCACUCUGACUACAUGCAGCAUCUGACUGAGGCCAAAGCCAGGAGCAAGAACAAGGUUCGCAGUGUCCAGCAGCUAAUACAGCGUCUCCGGCUGAUCAAGUCUCCUGCAGAAAUUGAGAGAAUGCAGAUUGCUGGGAAGCUAACAUCACAGGCAUUCAUAGAGACCAUGUUUGCAAGCAAAGCCCCUGUGGAAGAAGCCUUUCUUUAUGCAAAGUUUGAAUUUGAAUGCCGAGCCAGAGGUGCAGACAUCUUAGCCUACCCUCCUGUGGUUGCUGGUGGUAAUCGGUCCAACACUUUACACUAUGUGAAGAAUAAUCAACUCAUCAAGGAUGGAGAAAUGGUGCUUUUUGAUGGAGGUUGUGAGUCUUCCUGCUAUGUGAGUGACAUCACCCGCACCUGGCCUAUCAAUGGCAGAUUCACGGCACCUCAGGCAGAACUCUAUGAGGCUGUUCUAGAAAUCCAGAAAGCUUGUUUGACACUUUGCUCCCCUGGGACCAGUUUGGAGAAUAUCUACAGCAUGAUGCUGGCUCUGAUCGGACAGAAGCUUAAGGAGUUGGGGAUUGUGAAGACCACCAAAGAAAAUGCUUUCAAGGCUGCUCGGAAAUACUGUCCUCACCAUGUCGGCCAUUACCUUGGAAUGGACGUCCAUGACACUCCAGACGUGCCCCGUUCCCUCCCUCUGCAGCCUGGUAUGGUAAUCACGAUUGAGCCAGGCAUUUAUGUUCCAGAAGAUGACAGAGAUGCACCAGAGAAGUUCCGAGGCCUCGGAGUACGAAUUGAGGAUGAUGUGGUGGUGACUCAAGACUCACCGCUUAUCCUUUCUGCAGACUGUCCCAAAGAGAUGAAUGACAUCGAACAGAUCUGCAGCAGGACCUCCUGACUCCCACUCUGGCUCACCUGCAUCCUGUGUUCAGGAGGAGGAUACCAGUAUCCCUGAACGUGUACAGUCUGGGUUCCAUUGGGAGUGCAGCAGCUGUAUGAGUGUGUGAUAUGAGUGUGUGUCCUUGAGUGUGUGGGCCUUUUCAUUUUAAGUAAAUGUGAAAGUUCACUUUUCACCAGAAAAAAAUGAAUUUAGGAGGUUGUUACUGAAACUCUAGUGAUAUUCUGAAAAAGAAAAUGAUCCAAGUAAUUGUUUCCUCUCCACCCCAAAAUAGGGUUUCACUCUACCCCAGGCUGGCCUCAAACUUACAGCAAUCCUACCUCUGCCUUCCAAGUGCUGGGAUUAAAGACGUGCCACUAUGUCUGGCAAGUUUAAUUUUUAAAUGUAAAAUAAUAUUUUGAUUACAUGUGUCUAUGCAUUUCAGUGAACACAUUUAAAAAAAUGGAAAAUUCUCUUUCAUUCAGGUUCUUUUCUUUCUGCACUUUUACUGCGAUCCUCUUCAUAUCAUAAGAUGUUCGUGUGAUGCCUGAAUUUUGAGUUGAGGUCUAUCCCUAUGCUAAAAUCCACUUGUUACUGAUGUUUGUUUGUUUUGUUUUGUUGUUUUUGAGGGUAGGGUCUCACUAAAUAGUCCAGGCUGACCUGGAAUUCACUAUGUAGUCUCAUGCUGGCCUCAAACUCAUGAUAAUCCUCCUAUCUCGGCUUCCCAAGUGCUGGUUAAAAGGCAUGUUUCACCACACCUGGCUCCUAUUACUGAUUUAAGCUGUCCAGUAGAUCUAGAAACCAACGGGAAACAAAGGUAAGGUUAGAGCAAAAGUAACAUCAUGUGCACCUGGCUAGAACUUGAUGCGCGGAGAAUGACUCACACUGCAGCGGUCUCAUUCCUUCUUAGCCAUGCAUGCAUUUCUUGGGCUCCAAGUCAUAAGCAUUACUACGUAUACCAGUCUUCCCUUCCUAACUUUCUGCCUUUAUGCUUGUUUAUUCUGCUGUGCUGAGAUUGAACCUAGGGCCUUGGACAUGCUAAACAAGCACUGUGCCUGUGCUGUGGAACUACCUCCUAGCCCUGAACACAAAAUAAGAGACUGGGAAGAUGACUCGGCAGUUAAAGGCAUUUGUUUGCAAAGCCUGCUGAUCGUGGUUCAGUUCCCCAGUACCCAAAUAAAACUAGAUGCACAAAGUGG